UUUGUAGUAAAUAUGGCCGCCCAGACGUAUAGUAAAUUUGUGAAAAAAUUUCGUACCACCACUUUUUUAUUGAAAAAUUUAAAUUAGUUUAGUAAAAAGUUAAAAAAAAACACCUUAUCCGGGGAUCUGCAAUAAUUCUUCUCAGUGCUGCCGUGUGUCGUUCUGCUUAGUUUUAAUCGUCUGGAUAAAACCAUGAAUUAACAACCCAAUCACACAACAAAAAAAAAAGACUGCAACUUAACCAAAAAAAAAAUAGAAAACAAAUAUAAAAAUAAGCAAACAAGAAAUGGAACCUCAAAUUUCAGCCAAAUCUAAAGAGCUCAGUAAUUGUAAUGACUCUUUAGUUCCAUCCGUUAUUUUGAAUUCGACUACGGCUAUAAUAAAUCUGUGCAAUAGUGACAGCUUUGGAAUGAUUGCAUCAAAUCAUGAGUUAAUCAGUGCCAAUAGUAUUGAAUUAAAUGCUGCAACUUCUCUAAGUGAUGACUCAGGUGUUCCGCUUACAACAAACAGUUCAAUAUCAAGUGGAGAUUCGUAUCGCUUGGGGAUAUGUAAAUUUGAAAUGGAGUUGGCAGAAAGCGAUGGAGAAGUAUCACAAUUUGAUUCACUUGAUAACUGCUCCGAAGGAGGAAUGAGCGCAGAGAAUUUUAAUACUUUGAAAAAAGUUCCACUUGCCCCUAUCGACCCGCCACCAGAGUUUCAAGACUCUCCUCAUACAACACUCACAAGAUCUCUUUCAAAAAACGUAUUAAACAACAUCCCGCGAUGGUCAUCGCAAUCAUCGCUUCAAAUCAACGACAUGACGGACAAGCCCACGCCAAAUAUUAUUGUAGAACUUAAUCCAAUCAUUGCUCACGUCGAAAGCGCACUUAAAGAUUCAUACUCUAAGCAACAUAUCUACUCAAGUGAUUCCAUUUUAAAUAGCAGUAACAUGGAUAAUAUAUACGAUGAACCAAACGAUAUUUUAAGCUCCUCCGUUGGAAAUAGCAUUGAUGUUGUGGACCAACAGAAACUGGCUCUAUGUCCUCACUUUCAAGACCACACACGUUACUUCAGAGCCAUUCCAUCAGAGCAGGACGUUGCUACGCACACCCAACAAAUGCAAUUACAGAGAUUCAAUUUAGCAGGUCUCUCUGAAAUACACGAUUAUGAUCUCUAUUAUGGCCUCAAGCGUAGUGCAUAUCAAGAUGGCAGCUUACAACGAAGACUUUUGUAUAGUCCUUUGCAUCACCAGCAUUAUCAGCACCAUUAUCAUUAUCAUUCAGGUGGCAGUGGCAAUAGACCCAACUCUCGAAAUUCAUUGAAUAGUCGACUGUCAAGCUCGCACAAUUCGUUAAGUGUAUCAAAUGCAAACAAGGCAGAUGAUUCGAUCUUUAUAACCCAAGCAAUGUCUCACGAUGCUCUAUUGACACGUGAGAUAUCCGAUUUCUACAAUGUGCCAAUCGAUUCGGAUAUAUAUGCAUUUCCCAUUGAUAUGAUUAAGCCCCCCGAUGCCAAAGAUACAAUAAUAAGUAAAUACAAAGAUAGCAUGAAGUCGAACCAAAAGAAUCGCUUAAAGUACUCGCGGAACAACAAACGACGAAAACGAAACAACAAUAAUAACAUAAACAACUUGAACAAUAACAAUACCAGCACCGAUGAUAACAUAUCUGGAAUUGAUAAGCUUGAAAUUGACAAGAGCAAGACUAAAGCUAACAAAGCCGCCGAUGAUAAGCGACACAGUGUGCCCGAGAAUCCAAUUGAACCGCUUCACAUGACCCUCGACGAAGUGAAACAAUUCUAUCACACUUUGUAUUCGGAUGCAAAGGACAUACCAAUGAGAAACAAUACAACGAGUACUUUGGCUCAUAAAUCGACAGCCACUAGCAAAACUCCCACCCAUAGUAUCACAUUGAAUCGUUCAUCAAAUGGUUUAUGUGGUGGUAAUGGCGGCGGAGGAAAUGGAGGUGGCGGUACAAUAAUAACACCUCGACCUAAGCAUUCAACUUUAAAACAAGUGUCAAUUAAUCACUCAAAGAGCAUUUCCAAUUCGGCCAGUAUUAAGAAUACUAAAUUGGUUGUAGGAAGCGGUGGCGAUAAAACCAAUGACGUAUCAAAUAAUAAUAAUAUAAACAACAUAAAUAAUAAUAAUCACAUAAGUAAGAUAACUACGAUUCAGACGGAGAAAAAGUCACAGUUUACGUUGAAUUUGAAACAGAAAUUUUGUAGUAUAUUUCGUUUUCGUAAGAGCCACAAUCGAUGCAGAGCCAAUUCCACCGAUUCGGCUGAGUAUAUUUCUUCAAAUAAAGAUCAGUCGACCACAACGAAUCAACAACCAGAAUCGGCUGAUGAUAAGCGAAGGAAGUUUCAGUCGCGAGCCCUGCCACCAUUGCCAAAAAAAGCUGAAUUCGACGUUCUUACAGCAGGUGUUGAAACCCAAGAAAACUUGUCUGAUAUCGAUGAUAAGGAUAGAAAGAAAACUGAAUUACGUUCAUUUCAUUUUACAUCCAGUAUAGAAAAAGUCAAAGACUAUGGAUGGUAUUGGGGACCACUUUCCAGCGAAGCUGCCGAAAAAGUCCUUUCAAAUGAACCCGAUGGCAGUUUUAUUGUUCGCGAUAGUUCCGAUGAUCAUUAUAUUUUUUCAUUAAGCUUCAAGCUAAACAACUGUGUGCGUCAUGUGAGAAUAGAGCAGGACCAAGGAACAUUCUCAUUUGGUUCGUACGCAAAAUUUAAAUCACAAACCAUAACUGAAUUCAUCGAAAAAGCCGUGGAGCAUUCUAGGAGUGGAAGAUAUUUAUUCUUCUUGCAUAGAAGACCAGAGCAUGGACCCAUGCGAGUACAAUUAACAAAUCCUGUAUCUAGAUUUAAACAUAUUCAAAGCCUACAGCACAUGUGCAGAUUUGUUAUUUUGAAAGCUGUAGUUCGUAAAGAUCUUAUACAGACAUUGCCAUUACCAAGAAGACUUUUAGAUUAUCUAAACUACAAACACUGUUAUUCCGAACAAGUUGAAAGUGAUAGUUCUCAGUCUCAAAUGUCUGGAGACGGUCAGGUUUAGAAGAGGAAGAUGUUUAUUAAUGCCAUAAUAAGGUCAAUUUUGCUUUUAGGCUGUAAGCAGUGAUUUUAUAAUAAUAUUAUAAUUAAUAUAUUACGAUUUAGUUUUUUAAUAAGAUACAAACGAAUAAGUAAAAACAAAAAUAAAUAAAAAUAAAUUAAUAUUAAUUGAUUUAAAUAAAAUACUAUUAUACAUACUUAAAUAAUAAAUAAAAUUUGUACUCGGUGCUAUACUGUAAGUGAAUAAUAUUACAAAACAUAAUUUAUACUUUAGUAAUUUAAAAUAAACAAUAAAUGUUGUAAGACUCUGAUUCAGUAUAAGAAACCAUUGAUAAUGUGAAUAAUAUCAUCAAUAGGAUAUACUUAAAGUAUUGUUUCUAUUUUGCUUUAAUUUUUAUUCAAAAUCAUCAUCUAAAAUUAAUAAUAAUAAUAAUAAAAAAAUUCGAAUAAAAAUAAAAAUCGAAAAAAAAAAUACCGAUAAAUUUAUAUAAUACGAAAUAAUUUUUAGUAAGACGAAAAUACAAAUCAGAAAAGCAUGCUGGAUUCGUGUCUAUUUUAGAAUACAACACGUUACGCAAUAAACGUUAACAGUCAUUGAAAA